UUAUUUUGAAUUGCUGUGAAUACUUCCAAACGUAAUAUAUCUACUGAUUAUUCUUUAUUUUAUCUUCAAGAGUGGUCAUCUUCACAGAGAGUUUUCUGCAGGAGGAAUAUUGUGCAACUGGGAUGACAUUUUUUUUUUUUUUUGUAAACGGGCUCUCCAACUCGGUCAACUCUUCCGGACUUCAUGUCACGCUUUAGGUGUCUUUCAAAAUCCUUAAAAGGAUGACGGAUAUGAAGGGAUAUACUCCAACGUUUCCAGAUGACGGCGGCUCUCCAUUACCCUCUGCUCCUACUAUUGGCCAAAUACUGUACAACGGUGAGGACCAAAGUGACGUCAUCUUUAUGGUGGUACAGGGAGAAAAGUGCUGGCGAUUCUCUGCGCACUGUGUCAUAUUGUCAAGUGCUUCUUCUUUUUUUCGUUCCAUUUUGGAACGCAAGAAGACAAGAAUUGAUUCUGUUAUUAACGUGGAGAUUAAACACAUUCAACCACACAUCUUCGACACCAUUCUCAAAUACAUUUAUCGUGGAGCAGAGGAGGUGUGUCUCAAUUCGACUGAGACCACGAUGCAGCUAUUAUCCGCGUCCAAAAAAUACUUGCUACAUGAACUGUCCGCCAUCUGCUUCCGUUACCUUCAAGACCACGUGGUGAAGGAAAACGUUCUUAAGGUCCUGAGCUGCACAAAAGAUCUUUUUGCUAGUAGCAGUCAUGAGAAAGAGCAAAACCAACAAAACGAACUCUUAACCAUCUGUUUCCAUAUUGUUGACACACACACUCAAUACUUGUUGCAGGAAAACGAUUUCGAGAAUCUGGAAGAAUAUAUCGUGAAAGACAUCGUUGCUCGUGACACGAUCAGUGUUCAGUCUGAGGUCAUGGUUUUUAACGCUUUGAUCCGUUGGGCUUGUCAAGAAUGUAAACGUAGGAAAAUGGAAGUAACUUCGAUUAACAAACGUGUCAUAUUAGGUAAGCUCUUAUAUAGCGUUCGGUAUUUGGUGAUGAGUUUGGACGACUUUAGUUUGGGACCAGCCAUUUCUGGAGUCCUUAGUGAUGAGGAAAAAAAUGGUUUGAUGGCACGCCUUAAGGGGGAUUUCUCUUGUCCUCUUCCGGAUCAACUAAAUGGAAGACAAUUAAGAACUACGCGGAAGGGCCCUUUUGUUUCUGUCAACACAACUCACCCUUGCCAUCUUGCUGUUGUAACUAAUUCAGAAGCGUCUCUACGAUCUUAUUCGCGAAGAAAAAAGAAAACAAUUAAAAAGCUGGUCCAGGGACUUACUGAUGCCCUUGUUUAUGUAUUUCGGUUAUUGGACUAAUAACUUAAAACUAUAAUAGGUAAUUUUCUUUUAAAGACACGUUUCCUCAUAUCAGUUCAAAAACUUGGUUCCACUGAAAGUUCACUUAAAAAAACAAAAUAAUAUUGUCGCUCAUAUCUCUUAUUGUACCAUUUUGAUGAUUUAAUAAAAAUCAUAAGACAUACCAUAA